GCCAGCCCCAAGCAUCAAUUUUCUUGUUCUUGCUUUGUGCGGGGCUCAGCAGUCAGAUUUCAAGGCUCCUUAAAAGCUAAGACCCUUUGUUCAUCGCUUUAAGAAUGACGUUCCAACCGCCAGUCGGAAAUUUGCGAACGCCGUGUGCAGGUAGGGAUCGCUUGUGUCCAGAGUUUCCAUAGCCUUGUCUUUAGCUUACUUUGUACUAUAGAGGGUUCGGAACUACUACGCAAGCGACAAUACUCAUCGGCAGGCCUCGCGUCUUGAUUGGUACUUUAAGUGCAUAUAUAUUUGCAGCGGGGCCCACAAAAAUUCGGCAAGCCUGCUGGUAAAAAGUCCUUAUACACAGCUUCAUACAGCAGCCAGAACCACGAUGCUGCAAUCGCACAAGAUGGCACGCUGGCUGCUGGUCGUCCUUGCCAUGGCAGUUGCCUUUGCGAGCAUCGUCUCUGCCGGCAAGUACCCGCCCCCGCAUCGGAAGGCACCAGCACCAAGAAAACCCGCCGCACCCACCGCCUACCGCCUCAUCUCCAUCACCAAGUGGAACGCCACCGCCAACAUCACCGACCUCCAGGCCGCCGAGGUGUCUGUGUCCCUGGCCUGCAAGGAAUUCUAUGUGGCGGGAAUCACGGGCAGCAGCGAGGACCAGCGCAACAGCCCGCUGUGGGGCAGCCACAUCAAGGUGUACGACUUCCCCAGUGUCAUCGCCUACACCAACUACUCCCAGUGCGUGUCCAGGCAGCCUGGCCGCGCCUACUCUCAGCCGUUCGAGGUGUGGAAGAACCGCGCCUUCUUCCCGUACACCGAGUCCAUUGCUGACGCAACCAAAGGUACGCUGUGGCUGGCCUCCAUCCUGAACGUCACCGACAGGGCCGCCGCGGUGCGCGUGCUUGAGGAGGAGAGCAGCGACGUGGCUAGUCUGGUGUACGUGGCGCAGGCCGCCGAGACGCUCAAUGGCGUGGUUGCCGGCCAGCUGGACGUGUCGCACGUGCUGUCCACCAAGAAACCCCAGGGCCUGCUGGCACUGCAGGCGUACGCCAACGAGGCGGGCGCGGGAGGCCUGCCGCCCGUGGACACAGUACUGCAGCUGUUUCAGCUGCUCAAGGUCUCGCCCCAGGGAGCACCUCUCGCGCGCCGCAUUGCCUUUGCCCCUCACCGCCUGGUGUGAGUGCGAGCCAGGUAGCUGGUAGGUUAGGUAGGUUGCGAAGCCUCGACAUGCAUGCACAUGCAUUUGGAGUGAGCUGGGAGGCCGCAUGCACCCGGACGGUGUAACAAUAGGUAUUGCGGGGGCGGGCGCGGCGACAGGGUCAGCUGGGAACAUAUGUGUGUACAUGCUUAAUACUGUAACCCCACGCUGGGCUGAGCCACGUGGAGGAGGAGAGCGCGACGCCGCUCAAGAAGCGGCGCCGGCGCGCAGGUUGAGGCCGGCCGGUGUCCAGUCAAGGUCUUUGCUGGCGAGCAUAGCGCAGCACAGUGUAUGGUAGGCCGCACGCAGCAGUGAGAAUUGUUGUGGCUAGCGGAUAUCUUUCUGUUUGGUUGAUUGCUGGCUGUACUGUUGCCUGACGGCGGAACGUGGCUGGACACAGGACGGCGGGCCGUGCCUGUACAAACCGGCCCCGGCUACGUCCGGGAGAUGAGGUAGACGCUUGCGGCCUCAGACUAGAUACCUGGCUCAGCCCACUUAUCUUGUCGUGCUCGGGACAGCA